AAAAGACCACAAAAACAACCAUGUCCACAACUUCAACUCCCACCCAUCAUGGCACCAUACAGCUAUCCACCAAACCAAACGCCAACCUCAGCUAUACCUUCCUGCCUGGAGCCCCAACCACCGACACCCUAGUGGUAUUUCUCAAUGGCCUAAUUCUCCCCAAAGCAUCCUGGGAACCAACGAUCUCGGCCAUACACACCAAACUGCAAAAUUCAGAAAUGUCACAACCGCAUUUAUUAGCCUAUGAUCGCUAUGGUCAAGGCACUUCUUCCAAAGAUCCUCACGGUGACCACGAUAUUCUUGAUUCUGUACAAGAUUUGUAUAUCUUUCUUGUCGAGUCUUGCGAGAAAGAGUUAAGAACAGAUACGAGUGUAGAGGAGAACACAGUGGUGUUUGUGUGUAAUUCUAUUGGAUGUGCUGUUGCUCGUCUNUUUGCUGAGAAACACCCUACCAUUGCCUCUGGCUUCGUUUUUCUGGAUUCCAUAAUGGCACAUGUGGAUUUAGUGGCUUUGUGGCCUGAUGUUGAUGCCCCAGGGUUCAAAGAAGAGAACUUACCAAACGGUACCACGAGGGGAGAGUUGAGAAAUGUCAAAGAGGAAUACAGAAAACGGUUUCAUGUUUCUGCACCUAAUCCUGAGGGGUUGGAUAGAUCGAGUUUGGCGGCAUUGCUUCCAGAGGCUGGGGCACCGAAGUUGAAGGGAGAUCCACAACUCACCGUUGUUGGUCAUGAUGAUGAGGUUUUUGCGCAAGAGAAUGAGUAUGUCAACCCAAUCUGGCGGGAGUAUAACAAAGAACUCGCUACUUUGACUUUGAGUGAGAGAAGCAAGGGUCCUGUUGUUGCUAGAGGGUGUGGUCACUUUAUCCAGAGGGAUGAUCCGGAGUUUGUUGCUAUGGAGGUGUGUGAUAUGUUACAACGUCUUGCGGAAGGUCAA